AUGCACGCGAUAAGGGGUAUCACGUGCAUGAUGCCUGAGGCUGAAACUGCGCACUUCAUCUUUAGGCUUCCUUUUACAUCAAGUCUAAAGGCGCCACGACGGCAUCGAUGCAUUUUUUGUCUCAACAUCUGCUGUGCAACGAGGACAGACGCGCAUCGCGACCCGUUGACUAUCGUCGCCGAAUCCUUCGCUCUGCUUCGCUUCCGGUUCGAAGCCUGUGCGAGCCAAGAUGCUGCUUACCCUGUCAAAGUCGGAGGUGCAUUGAUCUCACGCACAUUUGUGGUGUCCAAAGGACCUACCAUCCUCGGGAAACGUAUUCAUGCGCGAUGCUGCGAAAGGGCACAGGUGCUGGCUGAAUACGUGAAAGCGAUACUUCAGCGUCGUAUCGCCGUGGCUGAUGAUGUUUGGAGGUGCACCUUGAAGAAGAAAUGGAUCUUAACGAGUAUGUUAAUCCCGGUUGCAUUGUGCAAUGCUGACGAUCUUCACGGGCCUGACUCCGACCCGCCGCUCCUUCAGGAAGGUGAGAUCCGAUCAGGUACGUUGCCGACCAUCCAAGCGACCGGCGAGUUCAGCCCGGCGAGUUCAGCCCGGCGCUGGUUGAAGAUGUCGUGUAUCCGCGUCGUUCUGGUCCAGAUCUUGGUCUUGAAAGCUGCAGGGUAUCAAUCCUUGGUCACGCGAAGUUCGCCAGAGUCGCAAAGACCAGAGGAAUGCUAG